AUGGCCCUGCCCUCCGCCGCUGCGCCACCGGGACCGCCCGUUGUUCCCGGGCCGCGUCCGGAGGUCAAGAAGCACCUCGCCUGCGACCCAGAGUCCAUCGCCUCCAUCCUGGGCCAGAACCACCCAGAGGUCACCAUCAACUUCGCCGAGCCCGUGGCCGAGGGCGGCAGCUUUGGCGGCGCCGGGCAGGGCAACAUCCCGUUCCCCGCCAACGCGACUGGGUUGCCAGCGCUGUGUGCGGUGUCGGUCAACGUCAAGAGCUCCGCCACUAGUGCGUACAACUUUGGCUUGUUCUUGCCGGACCAGACGUGGAAUGAGCGGUUCAUGACUGGUGGUAAUGGCGGGUUUGGUGGUGGCAUCAACUGGCCGGACAUGGGCCGUUACUCGAAGUAUGGCUUCGCAAGCAUGUCUACCGAUACAGGUCACUCAUCCAAUCCGCUCGAUGGCUCCUGGGGUCUGAACAAGCCGGAGAGCCUGAUCGACUGGGGCUACCGGGCCAUGCACGGCUCUGUUGUCCUUGCAAAGGAAAUAAUCACUGGGUACUACUCUGAGGCCGAUGGCAUCAAGCACUCGUACUAUGCCUCCUGCUCAACUGGUGGCCGCCAGGGACUGCGCGAGGUUCAGCUGUACCCCGACUCCUUUGAUGGCAUCUUGGUUGGUGCGCCAGCCUGGUGGAGCACUCACCUGUCCUCUGCUACACUGUGGCAGGGCCUCUACAACUACCCGCCGUCGGACCCCAAGUCUAUCUCGCCUGCGCUCUUCCCCGCGGUCGUCGCGGAGAUGACCAAGCAGUGCGACCCUCAGGACGGAGUCGUCGACGGAAUCGUGAGCGACCCGAACGGUUGCAACUUCAACUUUGAGGCCUUGCUGUGCACUUCCCCUGGCCAGACGUCGUGCCUCACGGCCGCUCAGCUCACGACGCUCUACAAGUUCUACAACGACUGGGUUGACGAGGACCAGACCUUUGUGUUCCCCGGCAUCAAUCUCGGCGCGGACCCAAGCUUCCUCAUGAGCGCACCCGUGCCUCUCGGCUAUGGUUACUUCCAGUACUGGCUUUACAACGACACCAACUGGGACUACACAAAGUUCACCUACGCAGACGUCAAGGUUGCCGACUCGGUCGACCCUGGCAACGCCACGGCUGACGACUUUGAUGCCAUCGGCCGCUACCAAGCCCAGGGCGGCAAGAUCAUCAUGUACCACGGCGAGGCGGACAACCUGAUCCCGACCAAGAGCUCGAGCUACUUCUACAAGCAGGUCCAGCAGCGCCUCGCCCCGAAGGGCGUCAGCAUGGACGACUUCUUCCGCUUCUUCCUGGUGCCCGGCAUGGGCCACUGCAGCGGCUCGGCCAACGCGCCCUGGUACUUCUCCGCGGGCAGCCAGGCGCUCUCUGAUGGAACCACGUACUCGGUCCCCGGCUACAGCGACGCCGACCACGAUGCCAUCCUCUCGCUGCUGCGCUGGGUCGAGGGCGACAAGGCUCCCGAGCACAUCAUCGCGACCAAGUUCCAGGGCGACAACGCGGCCGGCGCGGUUGUCAGGCAGCGCCCGCUGUGCGUGUUCCCCAAGCAGGCAAAGUUCAUCGGUGGUGAUGUGAACGCGGCGAAGAGCUGGGAGUGCAAGUCCCUGUACUAG